CUGGCGCAGGCGCGCUGGCGACGUUGCCAUAGCGACGGCUGAGGGGCGGCGGCCGCAGCUGUCCCCGCCCGUUAAUAAUUGACGGUUUUUUUCUUUCGCCCUCAAAAGGAAGCGCGGAUCGGGAAAGGGCUCCGCGCUCCGUGUCGCCGUUCCGGGACAGAACGUGGGCGAGGGCGGCGCCGCCUUUCUCGCCUCCCGCCGUGAGGCCUCACGCCAGCGCCGCUCCCAGGCACAAAAUGGCCGCCGCGGCGUGAGGGUGUGAGAGCGGACGGGGCGGGAACUCUCGCGAGAGUUCGAGCUUAUCGCCCUAUCUCCUCGCGUGGGCGGUGCCGAGAUCUCGCGAGAGCUCGUGCCGCCGGUAGGAGCAUCAUGGCGGCGGCGUUGACGACGGUGCAACGGAGGGUGAUGCGGGCCGCGCUACGGCCGCGCGCGGUGUGGCUUCCUCAGGCCGGGAUUUCCCACGCUGCCGAACGGCUCCACCUCCCCCCCCAACGCAGCAUCCCCCCCCCCGCCAAGUACGGGGGCCGGCACACGGUGACGCUGAUCCCGGGCGACGGCAUCGGCCCCGAGCUGAUGCUGCACGUCAAGGAGGUGUUCAGGCACGCCUGCGUCCCCGUGGAUUUCGAGGAGGUUCGGGUGAGCGCGGAGGCGCCCGAGGACGACGUGCAGAACGCCAUCACGGCCAUCCGGCGCAACGGCGUGGCGCUCAAGGGGAACAUCGAGACCAACCACAACCUCCCCCCCAGCCACAAAUCCCGCAACAACCUCAUCAGGACCAGCCUGGAUCUCUACGCCAACGUGAUUCACUGCCAGAGCCUGCCCGGGGUGGAGACGCGGCACCGCGACAUCGACAUCCUCAUCGUCAGGGAGAACACCGAGGGGGAGUACAGCUCCCUGGAGCACGAGAGCGUGGCGGGGGUGGUGGAGAGCCUGAAGAUCAUCACGGCCGGGCGCUCGCGCCGCAUCGCCCACUACGCCUUCGGGCUGGCGCGCGCCGCCGCCCGCCGCAGCGUCACCGCCGUGCACAAGGCCAACAUCAUGAAACUGGGGGACGGGCUGUUCCUGCAGUGCUGCCAGGAAGUGGCGGCCGAGUACCCCGAGAUCACCUUCCGCAGCAUGAUCGUGGACAACACCACCAUGCAGCUGGUGUCCCGGCCCCAGCAGUUUGACGUGAUGGUGAUGCCGAACCUCUACGGGAACAUCGUCAACAACGUCUGCGCCGGGCUCGUGGGGGGGCCGGGGCUCGUGCCCGGAGCCAACUACGGCCACGACUACGCCGUGUUCGAGACCGCCACGCGGAACACGGGCAAGAGCAUCGCCAACCGCAACAUCGCCAACCCCACGGCGGCGCUGCUGGCGGCCUGCAUGAUGCUGGACCACCUGCGGCUGCACAGCCACGCCUCCACCAUCCGCCAGGCCGUGCUGGCCUCGCUGGACGACCCCCGGACGCACACGCCGGACAUCGGGGGCCAGGGCACGACGUCGGGCGCGGUGCAGAGCAUCAUCGGCCACCUGCCGCGGGGCUGAGCCGGCCACGCCGACACCGGGGCUGCAACGGCCCCGGGACCCCCCCAGAGACCCCCAGGAGCACCCGCCUGACACCCCCGGGACCCCCAGAACACCCUGGGACCCCCAAACAACCCCGGGAAUCCCAAACACCCCCAGGAACCCCAAACACCCCCGGAACCCCAAACAACCCCGGGAACCCCAAACAACCCCGGGACCCCCCAAACACCCCCGGGACUUCCAAACACCCCCAGGAACCCCAAACACCCCCGGGAACCCCAAACAACCCCGGGAACCCCAAACACCCCCGGGACCCCCAAACACCCCCGGGACUUCCAAACAACCCCAGGAACCCCAAACACCCCCGGGACCCCCAAACACCCCCGGGACCCCCAAACACCCCCGGGACCCCCAAACACCCCCGGGACCCCCAAACACCCCCAGGAACCCCAAACACCCCCGGGACUCCCAAACAACCCCGGGACCCCCUGAACACCCCCGGGACCCCCAAACAACCCCGGGACCCCCAGAACACCCCCAGAACCCAAAAACAUCUCCGGGACCCUCCCAGGAGAACACGACACCUCCAGGACCCCUCAGGAGACGCCCAUGGGACCCCCCAAAAACACCCACGGAACCCAAAAACACCCCCAGGACCCCCAAAAACAUCUCCAGGACCCCCAAAAACAUCUCCAGGACCAGACACCUGACACCCCUGGGACCCCCAAGACACCCCCAGGACGGCCAAAACACCCCUGGGACCCCCAAAAACACCUCCAGGACCACACACCUGACACCCUUGGGACCCCCAAAACACCCCUGGGACCCCCAAAAACACCUCCAGGACCACACACCUGACACCCCCGGGACCCCAAAGCACCUCCACCACUUCCAGGACCACAAUGCACCCCAAGGGACCCCAAAACACCUCUGGGACCCCCCCCAGGACCCCACACACAACACCCACGUGACCCCAAAGCAGCUCUGGGAACCCCCCAGGACCCCAAAACACCUCUGGGACCCCCCCCAGGACCACACACAAAACACUCACAGGACCCCAAAGCAGCUCUGGGACCCCCCCAGAACCCCCCAGGACCCCAAAACACCUCUGGGACCCCCCCAGGAACACACAACAGACACCCAUGGGACCCUGAAACACUUCCAGGACCCCACACACAACACCCACGGGACCCCAAACAUCUUCAGGAUCGCUCAGGACCCCAAAAUUUAUCCAGGAUCGUUCUAGGACCCCAAACCAGCUCUGGGACACCCCCAGAACCCCCCCAGGACCACACAAAAGACACCCACGGGACCCUGAAACACUUCCAAGACCACCCUGGACCCAACAUUAUCACCAGGACCCCCCCCCAGCACCCCUCAGGACCACACAAAAGACCCCCAGGACCCCCCUGGAGACCCCCAGCACUACAGGACACUCCAGGGUCCCACCAGGAGCACCCCAAACCCCCCACAGGACCCCAGAAAACACCCCAGGACCACCAGGAAUCCCCCAAACCCCCCAGAGGACCCCCAAAAACACCCCAGGACCACCGGGAAUCCCCCAAACCCCCCACAGGACCAGCAGGAGCACCCCAACCCUUCCCACAGGACCACAAGGACCCCCCCAAACCCCCCAGAGGACCCCCCAAAACACCCCAGGACCACCGGGAACCCCCCAAACCCCUCACGGGACCCCAAUAAACACCCCAGGACCACGAGGAGUGCCCCGAUUCCCCGCCACAGGACCAGCAGGAGCCCCCCAAACCCCCCAAAAAGACCCCAAUGAACACGCCAGGACUACCCCAGCCCCCCCACAGGACCACCAGGACCUCUCCAAACCCCCCACAGGACCCCAAUAAACACCCCAAGAUCCCCUCACAUCCCCCACAAAACCUCCCCAGACCCUCCACAGGACCACAAUAAACACCCCAGGACUGCCCCAAAGCCCCCAGCCCCCACAUAAAACCCCAAAUAAACAUCCCAGGACCCCCGCAGACCCCCAUAAAACCCCAAAUAAACACCCCAGGACCCC